AUGCCGGCUGGGAAGGGCCAAUGGGAGAGCCCCGAGGUCCGGGUCCUUUGCCAUGCUCCUUCCAAUCAGAAAGCGGCACUCGGGAGCGCAGAUCUCACGCGGCAGCGGCAGCAGCAGCAAGAGGAGGAGGGGGAAAGCCCGGCUUGUUAUGAUCAUGUGGUUUGGCUGGAGCUUCCAGACUGUGCCGCCGGCAGAGAGCCGACCAGACUCUCACGCAGCCAGCCAGCCAGCCAGCCAGCGAGGAAGGCGGCGGGGCAAGGCAGGGAGCGGGCUGGCGAGGCUCCGGGUGCUUCUGCUCCUCGUCCUCCUGGACUCGCCAUGUUGCCAUCCCGCCGGGUCCCCAGAGAGAGGCGGCGCCCGCUUGGGGCGGCACGAGCACAGCAGAAGAAGGAGAAGGCGAAGGAGGAGGAAGACGAGUUCUUUUCUUGGAAAUUUACAAAGGAGACACCGCCUCCCCUCUGGAUCAACGGGAGGAAAAGGAGAAAGGGGGAUGAUAUCGACCCGGAUUUUGAACCCCAGAGCCGGCCUCGUUCCUGCACCUGGCCGCUGCCUCACCCCGACUUCCCGGGAGAAGAGGACGAUGGACGCGGCAAAGCCGCCCCGGCGCUGCCUUCCCUGGGCGCCGACGUUGGACAGCUCCGCAAGGCAAAGACCUCGCGGCGCAACGCCUGGGGCAAUUUGUCUUACGCGGAUCUCAUCACCAAGGCGAUCGAGAGCUCCCCGGAGAAGAGGCUCACCCUCUCGCAGAUCUACGACUGGAUGGUCAGAUACGUCCCCUAUUUUAAGGAUAAAGGAGACAGCAACAGCUCAGCGGGUUGGAAGAAUUCAAUCCGCCACAACCUGUCCCUGCACACCCGCUUCAUCCGUGUGCAGAAUGAAGGCACAGGCAAAAGUUCCUGGUGGAUGCUGAAUCCCGAGGGUGGCAAAACUGGCAAGACACCCCGUCGGCGGGCUGUCUCCAUGGACAAUAACAGCAAGUUCCUCCGGAUUAAGGGGAAGGCCAGCAAGAAGAAGCAACUGCAGGCUACUCAGGAGCGUGGUGUAGAGGACAGCCCAGCUGGCCAGCAAGCCAAGUGGUCUGAGAGCCCUGCCUCCCACACCAGUGAAGAGUAUGAUGCUUGGGCUGACUUCCGGACACGGGCCAACUCUUCGACCAGCACACUGAGUAGUCGUCUUUCUCCCAUCAUGGCCAACCAUGAGCCUGAUGAGCUGGAGGAGGAGGAUGUGACACCUUCUUCCCCACUGAUGUAUCCCAGCCCAUCCAGCACCAUGUCCCCCUCCCUGAACACCCGCUGCUCUGUGGAGAUGCCCAGGCUGACUGAUCUCACUGGAACCAUAAACCUGAAUGAGAGUCUUGGUGAAAGCCUUCUUGAUGACCUUCAGGACAACUACAACAUGAGCCCCACCCAACCGCUUCCUGCUGGGGCUCUACGGCAGAGGAAUUCCAGCUUCAGCUUCAGCUCCAAGUGUGUAGGUGGGGGAGGGGGAGGGGGAGGAGGCAACACCUACUGUGGGACCAUCUACAGCCAGCCGGCCAUGAGCCUUAUGCGCCGUCUGCCCAUGCAGACCAUCCAGGAGAACAAGCAGGCCACAUUUGCUCCCAUGAACUCCUACCGCAAUGCCUCAUUGCAGGACCUUCUCUCUUCCAUCUCCUACGCACACAAAGAGGGGGAGCCACACAUGCCACAGGCCAACAGCAUGGGGCCACCACCCCGCAGCCACCGACAAAAUGCCCUGAUGUGCAGUGGUGGUGGAGAGAUUGGUCUGGUCCCCUAUCUUCCCCAUUCCAAUUCCCUUAUGAAGACCAGUGCGUUGUACCAUCACCCGUCACCAGCCAGCCACCACCCUCCUAUCAACAACAGUGCCUUACCCUCUCCAAUCAGCCUUAUGAGCCUGCCCAGUGACACUUGCAACAUGGUGGCCAUGCCUCAUCAUGGGCACAUCCAUUCCUACAUCAACAACCAGGGGGCACACAUGAGUUUGCUUGAUUCUUUACAGGGACCCUACCCAGAAGCCAUGCACACCCCUGUUUUGGGCCAGGACAGAUUCCCAGCAGACUUAGAUUUGGACAUGUUCAACGGUAGCUUGGAGUGCGAUGUGGAAUCCAUCAUCCUCAAUGACUUUAUGGACAGCGAUGAGAUGGAUUUCAACUUUGACUCAGCUCUUCCACCACAAAAUGGUCUCAACAUGGCCACUUUGUCCAAUGCCCCACAACCCACCAAUCAAAGCUGGGUGCCUGGGUGAAACCCACUCAGACAAUUCCAGCCCACCAGUUGGCAGGAUAGGUGGCGUGGGGGUCCUGAAACAAACUCUAUCUCCCCAAAUCCCCAUUGCCUUUCUAAUUUUCUUUGCCUUCGUUUGUUCAGCCAAGCUACAGCUAUCUGUUUAAACUUGACAACACUAAACACACACAAUGUAGGGUAAAAGAAAAAAAUGUUUUGACAGGUACCAGCGACUUCCUGCUUGUGCCCAGGUGUAUUGUGCAGUACGUCAGAUCUGUCUUUGAUGUGUGCGAUAGGCACGUUAGCCAUGGCAUUGCAGAGCUGAUGCCCCCUCCUUCUUCCAUCUCUCCCUCCCACCCUGGGCACCUGCACUAUUGCGCAGGAGAGACCAUAUGGCCUAAAGAUUUUUUUCUAGAACUAAUGCUAAGUAUUGAUCUUGGCCUAGGUAGCCUCAGUGGAGUGGUAGUCCUUGGUUUUCAUUGAUCCAUUCCCAACUUGUCCCUACAAUGAAUCUUCAGUUUGAUUGGCCCUUUUCUCGAGUCCUUGCUCUUCUUGGCACCCUACGGCAAUGGCCAGUACUUCUCUAUUUAUAUAGUGCAGUUCUUUUCUGACAGACUUGUAAUGCUGAUUAACUAGUGAUAUUGAAGUCAGCAGGCAAGAUAUUUACCCACUAAAACCAGUGUUAGUCCAAGUGAACUCUGGUUCAUCCCCGCUCAGUGGUGCCCAUUAAAUCCUUGUGGGUUUCACUCACCAGAUUAAAGGAAAAUCAGUAAUACUUAUUGUAUGCUUGAGUGGAAGGAAAAAGCUGAUUGUGGUGUGGAGGAACCAGGCCUUUAAAGGUUGAAACACUGGGAUGUUUUGAGCAGCAGGGACAAUUAUGCUAUCUACCAGCAGCAGCCCAGGUUUACUUUUUCCUUCAAGAUGAUCCUUAUUCUACACAGAAGCUGGGAAAUAGCAAAUAAAUUUUUUCAGCAGACAAAUAUUGUGGCAAGGUAGCUAGAAUGCAAAUUAUUUGGGGAAGGGAGUGGCAUGGUAGUGAAUGGACAAUUCAUCCCAUUAACUUCACCUGCGUCUAGUAGAAAUGAAAACUGGUAGAAUGCCUUUGCUGUUGCUGAACAGCACAACUGGCUGCAUUUUUGGACCAUCUUUGGGGAUGUACCAUAGAAUGCUAGUUCCAAUAGCUAAUGCUGUGAACUAUAGUACACAGUGCAUAAGUGGGUGCAUAGUGGUGACAAGAAAUUGAGCCAACCUGACCAAAGCCAGCUUUUUCAAGGAUGGCAUCUUCUGUGUUCUCUGCUUGCAAUAGAAACACAUACAUUGGUAGUACAAUAUGUGUAUGCACAUAGCACAAACAAUGGCAUAUGUGCUGAGGCAUCCCUGUUAACAGCAUGCAGAUGUGCAUAGUUUUGCAUGCACGUAUUCUCUCUGUCUUUCGUUGUCUUUCCGUCUCUCUCUCUCUUUCACACACAUACUCAAACACACACAUAUAAAGGGUAGUUGGUACUACGUUAAGAGGUAGCCUCAGCUUUGACAUGGCCACCACUGGCAGGGUGAAUUGGGAAGGUGGGAAUGAGAUGGGCUAGUGGCAGCUACUAUUUAUUUUGCUUCACUGCACAAUCUUGCCAAUAAACACUUAACUCUUGCUAAUACAAACCCUUAAGUUUAAAUGAGAACAGGACUGCACUGAACUAAAAGACCUAUGGGAACAAGGGGAGGAAAUGGCAACAUACAGAUAGAUGGAGAGAUGAAGGAGGGGGGAGAGAGAGAGAGGGUUUAGAGUUUGUUUCCUAAAUUCUAGAUUUGGAUAUGACAAUCCCAAACUUACCUAGAAUGGGGAAGAGAUACUUCUUCCUAUACAGUGUAGAAAUCUAUAAGAUAGAAAGACUGUGCUGAGUUGAUGAAACAAAGAAGAAAAGGUUGAAAAAUACAGGAUAGGUCUGCCUGUCAAGAGAAGAAAUGGCCAAACUAGCUUAAAAGAAGAGACCAUGGCAGGUGGUGGCAAAUGGAUGUCAGUGAUGCCUUCAGGGAGAGGCAGGCUAGGUCACUCUAGUUUACUGUGCAGCAUGGUGCUCUCUAAAGCCCCUGGUAACCAUCCAACUGCAUGCCAGGCAAUCAUUAAUUCCUGCUUGGGCUCUGUCUGCCUUACCCAUUUGUUAUACAGUAUUUUUGAACAAGGGCAGAACCUGCCCAUUUUGCUUUCUUAAAUGCUUCCAUUCCAACAAGAAGGACAGCUGCUUCUAGCCUGCACAGUGAAUGCUUGACUGCAUGUAAUCCAUAUCAGACAAAGUUCCAGAUGUUUCCUGAAUUUGCUGUCUUUGGACAAGUACAGGCUUUGGGUAGUAUGUUGUGUGGGGCUUCAUGAAAUGAAUAUUAUAUGUCUUACACUUGGUUGGAAUCUUGCUCCAUCUAGUUCGGUGGCCUCUAAACUGGCUGCCAGAAGCUCAUCAAUGUUACAGGGUCUUUGCUAGCCCUUCUGGAGAUGUUGGGUGUUGCAUCUGAGACCUCCAGCACAGGCUCUGCUGCUAAACAAUUGUUCCUUGGUGGGGUUUUUACAGCCAGUGUGACAUAGAAGAUAAGAGUUCUUGACUAGCACUUAGAAAAUUGGGUUCAAAUCCCUGCUUGGCCAUGGAAAGUUAUCACUUGGGGGUAAAACUAUCUCCUUAAAUAUCUCAUAAACUCUAUUAGGGUUAUUUAUGUAGCUUGGGUGUCACUUUGACAACAAAUAACAACAUAGCAGAAGGGAGCAGCACAUGGCUUCUUGGUAUCAUGCCGUCCACAUGGGCCCUAAUGCAGGAGCCCUGGAGCCACCAGAACAUGCAUAUCUCCAAAUUUUAUUUAACAUCUGGUCAUAAUGUCCAGUUGUGCUUGCUAGGUAGUAUUUAGGUAAUUUUUGCCAUGUUUGGGUGUCUUCCAACAAAACUGCCCCCACCAGCCCCAGUUUUACUUUUCUUUAAAAUUUAGCCACUAGACAGUUUCUGCUACUCAUCCCCAAUCACCCCAAGUCUCGGUUAAGCUUAUGUUGGUCAGGUUGAGCAUGGUUGCCAUCUACAGUUCUAGAUCCAGUUCAGAACCAUCCUAUGGACUAAACAACACACUAUAUUAAAUGCUUAGAGUACAGCUGAGGUUUAUUUUAUUUUUCAUUUUCAAAUCAGGACCACCUGAGUAAUAAUAAAUAACAA